CCCACUGCGACCACUCGGAGAACUCGGAUCACUCGGAACGCGCCAUCCUAUUAAAUCUUUGUUGUGAAUCAUAGAUAUUUCAACAGAGAAAUGUUUAGCAGCAAUAGCAGAUAGCAGGGUGUGGACCUCAACGACGUGGACGACGUUGACGACGUUGACGACGUGUACCAGUUUCUUUUUAUCGAUUAUACAAAAUUAUAAUAAAUUUUGUUAGUUUAAUAAUUAAAAUAAUAAAUAAUAUGACAGAAGUUAAAAAAGACGAUGUUGUUAAAAUUCUUCACACAUACCCUUUUUGUCGAAAAUGUGAUAUGUCGGAUGAAAUGAAACAAGAAGUUAUGGAACUCUGCGUUACAGCUGCUGAAAAAUAUGCAGAUAAUUAUGAAAGUGUUUCAAAAAUGAUUAAAGAGACAAUGGACAGAAAGUUUGGAGCUUCUUGGCAUACUGUAGUUGGAGAGGGAUACGGAUUUGAAAUUACCUAUCAACUAAAACAUUUACUUUACAUGUAUUGUGCUGGUAAUUUAGCUAUUUGCAUAUGGAAAUCAGCUUAGUAAAUACAAUAUAUAAUAUUAUUAUGUGAUAAUUGAUAAUAUUAAACCAAAGAUAAUUAUUAUUAUUAUAUGAUGAUGAGUACACAAUUUCUAUUAAUUAAAAAUCCAAGGAUUCUUUUUUUUUUUUUUUAAUAAUAAUUGUAAUAGUUGUUAAUUAAUCAAAUUCAAAAUUACCUCAAUAUGUACAAAUAAAUAACAAAAAAUGCAAUUUAUUAAUAUAAUAUAAAUAUAUUUAUCACUAAUAAAAUAUUUUUUAUCAUUCAUGCGAUAUAAGUGCUAUCUUGGCGCACGCUCUUUUGUUCGCCAAAUAGCUGUUUGCCCAUUCAACGGUUUCCACGACAUUUUUGUGCGUUAUACGAUUAUCUGCGUGCGACAAGUAAAUUUGAGUGCGACAAGUAAACUUGUCGCACUCAAAUUUACUUGCCAUAUGCAGAUUAUCGUAUAACCCACAAAAAUGUCGCGGUAACAGUUGAAUGAGCAAACAGCUACUUGGGGAACAAAACAGCGAGCACUAAAAUAGUACUCAUAUCGCAUUAAUAAUAAAAAAAUGUAUGUUCAAUUCGUGCGGUGUUGCCGAUUACCCACUCGAGCAAAUGAGCGCACUCACUUCGUUCGUGCGCUCAACUUUGCUCUCGUGGGCAAUCGACAACUUACCGCACUAGUUGUACAAUAUACUAUUAUAAAAUGAUUAUAUUAUUUUCUAAACAGUCCGCCAUAUAAGUAUUGCAAUAUUACCACCUGUGAACAUAUAUAAUAGUGUAUUUUCUUGAUGGACAACAUAAAAACCAUAAGACUCGCCGACAACAACUUGAAAAGGACCGCCAAAUUUUUUAUCCAAAUUUUGUUUUAUCAUUUUAGCCGCAUACUCAUAAUUAUUUUGAUACUUUUCUGUAGCUGUCACACACAAAUCAAUAGUUUCUUGUUUCAUGUCAUCCUCUGGCAUAUCAGUUAAUUUGCAUAAAGAAUAUGUAUGUGAUACUUUAUCUUUUAUUUCCUUUUUAACUUGACCAAAAGACAUUUUGUAAUUUUAUUUUUUAUAUAUCACCAAUUCAGUUAAUGAUAUAAAUAUAUUAUUAAUAUUAUACAAUUAUAUGCUAUGUUAUUCAAUUGUUUUAGAAUAAUUAAUAUAAAUAUAUAUAUAAAAAAAAAUAGAGUUGGGUAAAAGUUGAAUAUAUAUAUUUGUUUGUCAGUUUUAAUACAAUUAUUAUAACAACACAUUAUGGUAAAACAUUUUAAAUAUGUCGACACUCAAAAAAAAAGUCAAUUAUUAAUAAAAAUAAAUCGUUAAUUAUUAUUAUUAUUUUUUCGUUUUACUAAUUGCACUUGGGAAGGAAGAGAAGCAAUUAGGAUGCUUAUAUCAACUACUCAGUCUCUGUUAAUAUUUUUUUUUUAGUUUCAUUAUUGAAUUGACAAAUAAUAAUUAAUAAAGUGGUGGUAUAUUUAGUUAAAAAGAAAAAAAAAUAUUAAUUAUUAAUAAGAUUUAAUAAUAUCAGUUAUUUUUUCAACAAUCAUGCAUAUAAUUAUUUAUAAAAAUGUUAAUUUAAUAAAUAUAAGACUAUUUGUAUGACUAUAAUGAUUGAAAAUGAGUAACCAGGAGCUUUGUAGCUUUGGCAAUAUCAUAGGCACAACAUCGCACUUGCUGAAGACAACGUUUCGUAUGCUCAGAGUCAUUUGUACAACGUUCAAGACUUGCACAUUCUGUUUGAAGUCUUCCUGUAUUUCCAUUUAGCUGCCUCAAUGCUGCUCUAAUUAUUUCAUCCAAUGAACUCUGUG